GCAUGACUUCUCUGUACGGCUUUUCCUUGUGUCCGUUCUUUGUUCAGACCUGACAGGGGACGAGAGAUGUAAAUGAUCUUGUACCUAUAACCUUCAAUCAAAAAAAAAGAAAGAUAUUUAAUUGGGGGUUUUGGUGUGUUCAUAUUUACUGCUCAGGAGAACUGGAAAACGAGAAAAAUAAAAAUCUGCUCAAGCCAUCUCAACUAUCAUGCCUGGGUACGAUAGCCGAUGACAACAUUGCUAAGGAUACAAUUGUAAUUUUAUAUCAAGAUAUAUUGUGAUACAUGUUCUUGAAUCUCAAUUGAGAAACUAAUAAACCCAUGGAAAUGUCACCUUUUGGCUCAUCCAGGAGACUAACAACCUGAAUCACAAAGCACUAUGAUGGAUGAGCUGGUGCAGGACCUGGUGUCUGCAUUGGAGCAGACCUCGGAGCACAGUAAGCUGGGAGAGCUGUGGGAGGAAAUGGUCUUGAGUCCGCUGCAGCGGCGCCGGCAGAUACGCCGCCGCAGAGUCCGCAGGCGCUACCGCGAGUCCCCCCUCUAUCCGACACAGCGCAGACGUUGCUCGAUUGAGGCCUCAGAGUCCAGCUUGGACGAGGCGAAACAACACAGGCAGAACUCUUCCUCGGCCAUCGCUGCCUCUGUGGCCAACUGCAGCGACUCUGACGACUUGACUUCAAACAGCCAGUGGCGCUCCAUCAUGAGAGGCCCGGCCAGGACGAGGCAGCCCUCCUGGCCAGAGUCCGAUGCCUUCACUGAGAAUAAUCCAGGACGGCCGCUCAGGAGGCGAAGGAAGGUGAAGCGCAUGGCCUCAGGCGUCACCGUCAGGCUGCAGCAGAAGUUAAAUGUUUCUGGUGUGGAUGGGAAGCGGCGGUACAGGCCGUCUAGGAUACAGCAAUUGUCUGGAACGAAGAAGAGGUCUGGUGGUUGGAUGGGAGCAGACAGACAUAAUGAAGGAGCCAGGCUGAUGGGAAAAGAACUCUGGAAGAGAAAGAUGGCCAAGGACCACGGAGACGGUGCAGAUGAAAACAUGUCUGAAGGGGAAACCAGCAGCACGUGCAGCAGUGACCCUGGUCUUUUUACCAAUGACGAAGGAAGACAAGGAGAUGACGAGCAGAGCGACUGGUUCUUCGAAGGCGAGUGUGGAGCUGGGGCAGGUGUUACCAGCUUGUUGUCCAACUGGGACUCAGAGCACCAGCUUUCCCUGGAGGAUAACCUCCCAUCACCAACCUUUCUGCAACCUGCACGGCCCUCUCAGAGAGGGUAUCGCUCCCGUCUUAAACAACUGCCUGGCUCUGCUGACUGCUGCAUGAGGAGGGACAGGAGGAGGAUUCCCAGCAAGGGCCACAGAAUGCCAGUUUUCGUGGACAGACUGAGACAUUUCUCCCAAGAUCCUUACCAGAGAGACUUUUGGCGGCCUUCUGUUGGAAAACCUGACCGGAGCCAGUUGAACCCUUUGUGCCCAUUACCCGUGUGUCCUAUUGACAUGAUGUCAGAGAGCUCCCAUCUCAGAUGUUCCUCCUCAAUCUGCAGAAACAGGCAGACUAACCUCAGCCCAGGAUUGUCACGCCCAGGAGACUUCGGGAGGAGUAGGGAAACGGCAGCAUCUUUGCCCGUCGCAACAUCAGAUGGCUGCGUGACAGAUCACCUGCGUCGGAGGCCCGCCGUGUUCCUGCCCGGCGGUCCGGCCCCCUCUCAUUAAUGCCCAGCUAGCAACCCAUUUCAUAAGGAUCACCAGAGAGAAGGGACACCGGGAGCCAGUAACUCUUCUACCCUAGCAGCUGAGACUCUCCUGCAGGGGCAGCGUGAAGACACCUGAUCGCUGCACAGAGGCGCCCGAGCGCGGAAGAACGUGACGUGAGGAAAUCUGUCGUGACUGAGAAUGACAAAGACUUCAACUCCUCUUGCCACACAAAGUGAAUGACAAAGAAAGAAAAUACCAAGUACGUCAUUAGCCUUCAAAUCAGCAUUUUCCUGCGAGAUCCAUUUUGUUCCCUCUCUGACAAAUGUUAAUGCAAUCAAGCCUUUUUAAGUCCUCCGUCACCUCCUCAAGCAAGACAGCAGCUUCGAGGGGGCUCCUUGACCCGAGACUCAGUGGCCGCUCCCGUUUCCAAAGCGCCGUCUGCAGGGCAUCUGCCGCCACACAAUCCAACCAUCACGUCGGCUCUCGUAGCGCUGCGUUUCUCAGCAGGAACACUGGGAGCAUGGUCAGGUGAGGUUGGGUGGCUGGGGGGGUGUUUAGUCUGCUCUACUUCAUGGAAGCCAAAAAUGGCUGUGCAGAAGCAGCAGCACGUAGGUAGCUCUGAGACUGGAGAGCAUCAGAAUGUUUAGUUACCACACGCUGCUACCGGGUUCAGAGAGGCGACCACCGGUAGAGAGCCGCACAAAGUACAGGCCUCCUAUUAGCAUCGAUUUGAAAAGCUACAGUUUGUACAAAGGUGCUCAUUAGCACAACACAGAGGGAGUGUAGUCGCGGUCCUCGGAGGGCCGCCUCUGUUCUCUCCAGCUUUACCUUCCAUAUUCAAAUUUCCCCCCCCCCAAACGUAUUUAAGUUCAAGGCCGGUUGCAAAGUCUGUUUGAACAGCCUGUUUUUUCAGCGGCGGUGGAUACGCUGCUUUCGUGGCCUGUGCAGAGAGUGGAUGAGAGAGCCAGCAGAGAGAGGGGUUGGAGGAGCUCGUGGAGACGGGAGAGGAGAGUUGUACACACUAUUCUCCCGUACCCUUGGGGUAUACAUUACCCUGGCUCCUUUGGCAUUAGAUGCAUUAAAAGAUCAAUGGCAGAUCAAACGCAACAGUUCUCGCCAACCUGGUAAACAAGCAGUAUUUUCAGAAAAAUACAUUUGGAGUCAAGUGAUGCACAUUCUGCAUGACAUGAACCAUAUGGGUGAUGAAUAUUUCUAAAACACAAACAAAAAACUCCUGUGUACAACCGAGUCAUUGUAGAGUCUUGAAAAGGUAGUUUACACUAAAAUGUUAACUGGAAGAGAAACAGAAGAUGGAUCUUGGCUUGUUUCAACAAAAAAAAAAGAAGCAUAUUUAAAACCCUCCAGGAAGGGGUAUAUGCACUUUCUAUAAUGAUUACAAGACAUCUUUUUAGUGAAAUGAACGGCAUAAUUUUCAGCCACGUAUUGGAUGUCUUUUCAGACAUUUUAAAGCCGUAUUUAAGUGAAGAAUCGCAUUUAGUAGAA